GAGGAUUCUCCGGCGUGGGAUUUGACGCUCUCCCGAGCGAGAGCGCAGCCUCCCCCGGCCUCCGCGCUUUGAAAACAUCGGGGCUGGUCAGCGGGUGGGAGAGAGAGAGAGAGAGAGAGAGAGAGAGAGCGACAGAGGGAGAGAGAGAGAGACGGAGAGAGGAGGCGAUCGUCGCGGAAAAAAAGAGGUGUCUGGCUUUUCUUCCUCCCCCUCCUCCUCCUCCUCUCCUCCCCGGCCAUGAGGGAGUACAAAGUGGUCGUGCUGGGGUCGGGCGGAGUCGGCAAAUCCGCGAUCACAGUCCAGUUCGUGACGGGCUCCUUCAUCGAGAAGUACGACCCCACGAUAGAGGAUUUCUACCGGAAGGAGAUCGAGGUGGACUCGUCGCCGUCGGUGCUGGAGAUCCUGGACACGGCGGGCACCGAGCAGUUCGCCUCCAUGCGGGACCUGUACAUCAAGAACGGCCAGGGCUUCAUCCUGGUCUACAGCCUGGUGAACCAGCAGAGCUUCCAGGACAUCAAGCCGAUGAGGGACCAGAUCAUCCGGGUGAAGCGGUACGAGCGGGUGCCGAUGAUCCUGGUGGGCAACAAGGUGGACCUGGAGGGGGAGCGGGAGGUGAGCUCCGGGGAGGGCAAGGCGCUGGCCCAGGACUGGAGCUGCCCCUUCAUGGAAACCUCCGCCAAGAAUAAAGCCUCGGUGGACGAACUGUUUGCAGAGAUCGUCCGACAGAUGAACUACUCCACUGUCCCCAGCGGUGGAGACAAGUGCUGCUCGUGUGUCCUGUUCUGAAAACAGAUCAACAAACAGGAACCCGAGCUCCGGACCUUGUCCUGCCAGAAGUAUUCCCUCUCCUCACACUGUUGUCUUACUGUUGCACACACACAAACCGAAAAGAAAUCUAACGACGACGACGACAACAAUCGACGAUGUAUCAUAGUCUGGAAAAGUGUUUACAUGACAAAGUACUUGAAUGUUUUGGGGAUGUUUUUUUUUCUUUUUAUAGCUUUGUAUAUGACACUUCUCUGGAAAUGUGCCUCAAUGGGAAUGUCUUAUUGUGAAACCUAAGAGACACGCGUUUUCCGUUUCUCUCCUUUCUUCUGUUCGUGGUUUUAUCUGUUUAGUUGUACUGUGUCAUCUUCAUCUUGGAGGUGGGGGGGGUGUUGAUGAUGAUGAUGAUGGUGGGGGAUUCCUAAACCCUGUUAUAAGGCCUCGUCAUAUUUUAAAUCUCUCAAAUCCAAUCUACAGGUGCAUACCCUCCCACUAAGAUGCUGUAUUUUGAAGCUGUGGAUUGUGGUGGAGUUGUGUAACGCCUACAUAUCUUUUAUCCCCCCCCCCCCCCCCCCCCCCUCCCUCCCUCCCUCUGCUCUGGUGGAUUUAUCAUGGAACUUGCACUUAGCUGCACAAACGAGGACCUUAGUGCAUCGCUGUUGCUGCAUGGGGGGAAACGCCAAGACCCCCAUGUCAAGUGCCUUCCCCAAGAAAUCUCCCGUGACGGUGCCAACAGAUGAGCCCUAACCUUCCUCUGCAGUGCGUCUCGAUGGCAAUCAGAACUUUUCUUUUUUUUUUGCAGUUUUCGGUAUAAUCUCUAGUUUCAUUUGGUGUUAAAAGUAGGACACUACUGUUUCACUGGCGGGAAGCUACAACGCUUGGAACAGAGCCGCCUGCUCCAGGGUCAGAUUCAGGCCGUUUCUUCGAGGUACUGGUCCAACAAGAACAUUUAGUUUCUCUGAAGCCAUGUUUGUCGGUAUUACCUAGACUUUGAUUUUUUUCUUUUUAAAAAAUGUGACAUUUUUUGACAUAACCGUAAUUGUAAUUCUCCCUUUGGACAAAUCUUCUGCAAUCGACCUGUCGGUUUGAAAGACUUGUAAUACAAAAAUAAUUUUAUGUAA